AUGACACCGCCAGCGAAGGAAGAUUCACAAGAUGAAACUCACUUGCUUGAUUCUAUUUCCAAGGACAUAGUGGAUAUUCUCAUGAGCGAUGACAUAGAGGAGAAGUUGGGUACUUUUGUCGACCCUUUGGCUCUCAGAGCUACUGAGAAAUCAUUGUACGAAGUUCUAGGUAAGCAGUAUCCUCCCUUACGUACCCACCUCACUCUUAGCAGUCCUGUUAAGAAAUUUUCUUGCAAUUAUAAUAGUACCAACAAUUUUAUUUUUGAGUCCGCUUCUCAAAUGCCCUUCAGUUCCAAGGGGAUUUUUGAUGAUGGAAUGAUGAAGCCUUCUGUAACUACAAAUCCUUCAAGUAGCAACAGUGAUGAGUCCAUUUUAAUGCAGUUCAGAAUAGGGGUAGAGAAAGGUCGCAAAUAUCUUCCAGUAAUUGAUUUUGACAGCCAUGAUCUAGUGGUAGAGAAGACUGAUAGAGGUGAUUCAAAUGCAGAAGAAGAAGAAGAAGGAAGGUCUAAUGAGCAAUUAGCGGUUUGUGGCGAAGUGGACGAGUUAUCAAACAUGAUUCACCAGAUGUUUCUCUUUCCUGACAGAGAAAAAGAGCAUUCAGAGAGCACUGCUAAUGAAGAUUCAAAGAAUAACCGAGCUAGUGGAUUGAUUGGUGGGAAAGAUCGAGCCAAAAAAGGAAGAAAUGAAGCAGUCGAUUUAAGGGAUCUGCUUAUUAAAUGUGCAGAAGCUCUAGCUGCUACUGACAUUAGGACUACAAAUAAACUUUUAAAGGAUAUUAGGCAACACUCUUCUUAUACCGGUGAUGGAUCUCACAGGAUGGCACAUUACUUUGCCAAUGCUCUUGAGGCACGCUUGGCGGGUACUGGGGCUCAAAUUUGUGCCGACAUUUCCAAGACAUUACCAGCUAUUGACGUGUUGAAAUUCUAUCGAUCUUUUGUCCCUGCCUGUCCAUUUGGAAGGAUCUGUUUAAAUUUUGCAAAUCAGCACAUUCUGGAUGUGACUGAGAAGGCAACAAAACUUCAUAUUAUAGAUUUUGGUGCCGUAUUUGGAUUCCAGUGGACCCUGAUUGUGCAAGAUCUCUUGGCUAGAGUUGGUGGAACUCCUAAACUUCGCAUUACAAGCAUCUUACCUCCCCAGCAUGGUCCUCAAAAAGCACAAAGAGUUGAGGAAACAAGACAUGGUUUGGAAAAAUAUUUUGAACAGGUUAAUAUCUCAUUUGAGUAUAAUGUUAUAGCAAAAAAAUGGGACACUAUUCAAAUUGAUGACAUUAAGAUCAACAAAGAUGAGGUCAUUGCUGUGAAUUGUCUAUUCAAAUUUGAGAAUCAUCUACCUGAUGACACAGUUGCAUUGAAGAGCCCAAGAAAUAUUGUACUAGACCUAAUUCGAAAGACAAAUCCCAAAAUAUGUAUCCAUGCUGUUACGAAUGGAUCCUUCAAUGUCCCCUUCUUUGUUAGGCGAUUCCAAGAGGCGGUAUACUACUAUUCCGCAUGGUUUGAUAUGGCAGAUAAAAUAUUUACCCGUGAAAAUCCAAUUAGGUUGAUGUUUGAGCAAGGGAUGCUUGGGCAAGAGGUUGUGAAUACUGUUGCAUGUGAGGGUUCUGAGAGGAUUGUGAGGCCUGAAACAUAUAAGCAGUGGCAGGCACGUAACACAAAUGUUGGUUAA